GAGGCUCAGCCGGAUGCGCCGCCCCUCCUGCCGACGCCUCCCGCUCUCGGCCACGAGGCUCCCGGCGCCGGUUCCGGGCCCAGGCCCGCGGUGCCGCUGCCCAUUCCCGCGGCGGCCGCCGCGGCGCAGCGCCAGCGGAGGCACCACGCCGCCCGCGCUCCGGCGGCCGCGGGCGCGGCGCCGGCCAAUGCUGCAGGGGCCGCCGCGGCGGCGGCCGCGAGGGAGGUUCACGUCCACCUGGAAAGCGCGGCGAUGCCCUCGCAUGAGCGGCCCAGGGCACGGCACGCUCACGCGGCGCCCGCCGGGCCUCCGCGCAUGGGCGCGCCGGGCAGAGCGGAGCAGGACUGGGGCCGUCGCCCCGCCCGCGCGCCACGGGCUGCCCUCUCCGACGUGGGCCAGGCACCGCCAGGCGGCGGAGUUGCCGCCUCGGACGCGCCGCGGGCCCCCCACGCCAGCCUGCCUCCGCCACCUGCCCAGGGUCCUCCCGCGGUGCCCGAGGGGCCCGCGCCCUCGGUGGGCGACAGGGCCUCGUUCCCCGCCCUGCCCGCGAGCUUCGAGGAGGACGGUGCCGGCGCCGAGGCGCCGCCGCCCGGCAGCUCCGCGUUCGACGCCCCGGCAGCCGCCCCGCCUCGGCGGCCCCGGCUCAGGACAGCGGCGCCGGCGCGUGGUUCCGCUCCAUGCUCACGUGGUUCUGGCACGCGCCCGCGGCCCCGUCGAAGGCGCCCGCGGCCCAGAGGCCAGCGGCAAGGGCCGAGCUGCUGCGGGUCGCGAGGAAGGGCAGCGGCGAGGACAGGAUGCGUUGGCGCACCAACUUCGAGGCGACGGACGACCGCCAGCGCGACAUACCAAUCGCCGACGCGUUCGGUCAGCUCGAGCAGGAGGACGAGGACCCACGAUCGGUCGAGAGCCUUCAUCGCGAGGACGUCGCUGCGCGGACCGAGGCAGAGCACAAGCCCCUGGAGCUCGCGCAGGGGGGGCUGCCGGUGCAGACCGCCAGCACUCGCGUCAGCAACUUCUGGAAGGCCAUGGAGAGCGAGGACUCCGACAUGGGCAAGGCCCUCGAUCAGGACAGGGAUUUUUGAUCAUUGA